AUGGCCAACCUAGCUGAUAAAGGCGAGUUAUCAAACACUUUUGUCAGUGAAGGAAAUGGCGACAUGGAGGGAGACGGUGUAAAUAAAGCCUGGACCAAAAACAGUCAUAUCGAAAUAAAUUCACAUGAGACAUCGAACUACGGCAAAGUACUCGACGGCAUACGAGACCUUGAACUGCGCUUUGUGAACAAAUUCGAUGAGCUUUUGCAGGAAAUUCGACAGUCCACUAAAACAACAGAAGAAAAUAUCGGUGAAGACCGAAAUUUCGUAAUUAAAGAAAAUGGCAAACUGAAGCAAGAAAUCGACAUACUUUUGGACUAA